GAGACGUGGUAUAUAAGGUGGAAGCCACAGAGUUUGAGCUCACUGCAGUUGCCAGUUUCAUCCCUGCGAAUCCAAUCCCAAACCCAAAGACAACCAGAGGCUAAAAAUGGCAUUCGCUGGAAUUCUGAAUGAGGCUGACAUCACUGCAGCCCUGCAGGGCUGUAAAGCUGCUGACUCCUUCAACUACAAGGAUUUCUUUGCCAAGGUUGGCCUGACCGCCAAGACUCCUGCUGACAUCAAGAAGGCCUUUGCUGUCAUUGACCAGGACAAGAGUGGCUUCAUUGAGGAGGAUGAGCUGAAACUGUUCCUGCAGAACUUUUCUGCCGGUGCCAGGGCACUCACUGAUGCAGAGACAAAGGCCUUCCUGAAAGCUGGGGAUGCUGAUGGUGAUGGCAUGAUUGGAGUAGAUGAGUUCGCUGCCUUGGUCAAGGCAUAAAUGGCGCCCGACCAACAACUCUUGCUCACAACUAGUAACAAAGCCUGAGAUCUCCACAUUUUUAUCUGGGUGGCUGAUUUUUAUACAUUUCUGACUGUCCACUCCCAUGCUGCACUUCGUUUGGAAUGGUUGUAAAUUUCACACGGUCUUUCGUGUUGUAGAUAUGAAUGUUGGUUACUGUAAAAUCUUUGAUUCUGGUUUUGGGAAAGGACAGUAAGAAAAAAAAUAAAUACUAUUUUUCA